CAUGAGGUUCAAAUUCCCUCUAAUGGCCCUUGGCCUGGAGAUCACUAUGAUUGUUUUAUUUGCAUUAUUUGUUGAGUAUGAGGUGGAGCAGCACAUUGUCCAGCAUCCCAACAGCACCAGCUCAGCAAGCAUGGAUAGAUCCCUUGAGUUAUAUCCUCUAUUCCAAGAUGUGCAUGUUAUGAUAUUUGUUGGGUUUGGCUUCCUCAUGACCUUCCUGAAGAAAUAUGGCUUCAGCAGUGUGGGCAUCAACUUACUCAUAGCCGCUCUGGGUCUCCAGUGGGGCACUAUUGCACAGGGCCUCUUGCACAGCCACGGAGAGAAAAUCCACAUUGGAAUCAAGAGCAUGAUAAAUGCAGACUUCAGUACAGCCACAGCCCUGAUUUCUUUUGGAGCUGUUCUGGGAAAAACAAGUCCAGUCCAGAUGCUGAUCAUGACCAUUAUAGAAAUUACUAUCUUUGCUGGCAAUGAACAUCUGGUUGUGGAGAAGUUUCAGGCAUCUGAUGUUGGAGCAUCAAUGACCAUCCAUGCCUUUGGGGCCUACUUUGGCUUGGCAGUAGCAGGCAUCUUAUAUCGACCUGGCCUGAGAAUGGGGCAUGACAAUGAGGAGUCUGUGUACCACUCGGAUUUGUUUGCAAUGAUUGGGACUCUUUUCCUGUGGAUGUUUUGGCCCAGCUUUAAUUCGGCCAUUGCUGAACCUGCAGACAAUCAGUACCGGGCCAUUGUAAACACCUACUUCUCUCUAGCCGCCUGUGUGGUCACAGCCUAUGCAUUGUCCAGCCUUGUUGAGCACCGAGGCAAACUUGAUAUGGUCCACAUUCAGAACGCAACCCUUGCUGGUGGAGUGGCUGUGGGCACGUGUGCCGACAUGGCAAUUAACCCCUACGGUUCUAUGAUCAUUGGGAGUGUUGCAGGAAUGGUCUCUGUGCUUGGGUACAAGUUCCUGACUCCAUUUUUUGCUACUAAACUGAGGAUCCAAGAUACAUGUGGGGUUCAUAACCUGCACGGCUUACCAGGUCUGGUCGGAGGGCUCGCCGGCAUUGUGGCCGUAGCCAUGAAAUCAUCUGACAUGUAUAAAGUGGCCAUGCAGGCAGCCGCCCUAGGUUCUUCAAUCGGAACAGCUAUUGUUGGAGGGCUGAUCACAGGUUUAAUUCUAAAGAUACCCAUCUGGGGGCAGCCAUCUGACCAGACCUGCUACGAUGAUUCUGUUUAUUGGGAGGUCCCGGUGCAUAGAGAACAUGACAGUGACCUCCGUUAUUAACACGACAGUCACAACCAGCUGGAACCUGACAUCUGAAUACCAUUCCUGGGCUUCAGCUUCCUUCCCCAUUAUGUAGAAUCAAGUUUAAAUAAACAAACAAUCAGCAUCCAAACAGAAUAGGGCCCAGACAAGAUCGAGCCUGAGCCCACAACAUCCAGUGUGGAAUCAUCCUUAUCUGACUCUUGAUAUCCAAAGAUUGUUCAAAUGAAGGACUGUGACUCACAAAAUGUGGUAAAAUGGAUCUAUUCAGGAUUCCCAGAUGAUUCUUCUAAUGGGUAGGUAUAUGGGGAAUAUUUCUUAUACAUCCUUGUAUUUUUUCUCAUAA